AAUAUAAACAGGCUUGAGUUUAGAAGUUAGAACUAAUUACAUUUUCUUUUCAUGAAAUACAGAUAGGAAUUUGGUGCAAUUUGUGCUAUCAGCUUCCAAAAUUUGUAGUCGUUUCAUUUUCGAUUUUGACUUUUGUAGUAAACCACAAAAAAAUUGAAAUAAUUUAAUUCAAUUUUCCUUCUGACAAGACAACGGUCAAUAGAUAAUAGCAAUUUUCUAUAUUGUAAUGUUUAGAUUUCCCUCAUUAAUCACAUACCUAUCGUUUUCAAGCAAAAUGGGAAAAAAAUCCGAGCUUGAGAAUAUUCGGAUUUGAACGAGAAUAUGCGGAUUUGAAAUGCAAGAAUUAGCAAUAUUCGGAUUUGAACGAGAAUAUGCGGAUUUGAAAUGCAAGAAUUAGCGAAAUUCGGAUUUGAACAAGAAUAUGCGGAUUUGAAAUACAAGAAUUAGCAAAAUUCAUUAGACGAGGCGAAGUCCGGGUGGUAGUAUAAAACGGGGUUGUGCAUGCAGGGCAUUUUGCAUAGAACACAGCUUUUACUAAUACAGCAUCGGUAUUAGCUGUAUUCGGUUUUGCUUUUUCAUUUUUUGUUUUGUAUAUUUGAAAUCGAACGGCAUUUUUUCGACAGUCUUUUCGGAGGUGGAAUUCUUGGAAAUUUCGCCUUUUCUUUUUGUUUUUUGCUUUGUGUUGUGUUGUGUGUGUGUGUGUGUGUGUGUGUGUGUGUGUGUGUGUGUGUGUGUGUGUGUGUGUGUGUGUGUGUGUGUGUGUGUGUGUGUGUUGUUCUUGAAAGAAUGGACGAUCCUGCAAAUGCUGAUGAUACCGAAGACGACUUAUUAGUUGCUGCGAGAAAUCUUCUCAGCCUUCGUUCUUCUUCCUCCAUUGAUGACCUUUUCGCCCGCCUUAUGACGGCAGAGAGAAUUCUAACGAGGGUAUGGCAAGACUCUCCGAUGCCGAUAAAGAAAGCCCUCGUCCUGAUAAUGACUUUGGUGAUAGAUAGUGCCAGAAUGGAUAACAAGAUGUCAAGAGGGUCGAGUGUUGAUUAUGGGGACGAAAUGGUAAACAUAAGGAUAACGGUUUGGUGGCCAAUGGACGAUAAAACAUUUUACACCACUGGAGCUGUCUUUGAAGAAUUUCUCCGUUUGACAAAGAAGCAUAAGGUUGUAUAUGACGACGACGAGGAAGAAAUAUUGGACCUUAGCGAAGAGAGAUGGGAAUUUUUCAAGGAGAGGCUGCCUCAGCAUGUACAAUCGUCUCACAAUCAAGAAGAAGCUGCCACUCCAUGUGCCGAAGAUCCUGCCAAAAACGAGAAAAAGAAAACGAAGAGAAAGGCUAGUUCGUCGAGGAAACGACUCGCUCCCUCAUCACCGAAAAGUGAAGGCCAUAGCCCUGUUCAGGUGGAAAAUGAACCAUCUGAAGAAGAUGAAGAGAUGCCUGAAUUCUCGUUCAAGCAUGGAAAAAGCCGAGCUGGCAAGAAAAAGUCGAAAACCAUGAAAAAGAAAAGGGGGCCUUAGCCGUUGAAACCUCCCAAAAUGCGACAAAAGGAUAACGGUUUGGUGGCCGAUGGAUAAAACGUAAUCUAUUUUGUCGUCACAUUUUCAAUCAGUCAUUCAAUCGAUUUUUUUUUUUUUUUUCUUUUUAUUUUGAUUUUCGAAUUUUUGUGUAUAUAACAGAUUUUACACCACCGGCGCUGUUGUUGAAGAAUUUCCCCAUUUGACAAAGAAGCACAAGGUGAAAAAGAUUCGUCCUUUAUCUCGUUCCACUCGCGUAUUUUAUGUACGUUACUAUUUGACUUAUUAAGCGUAAGGUGAGAUAACGUUGUUCUCUCGAUUGCCUUUAUCAUACUGCAGAUUAUAUAUGACGACAAAGAAGAUGAAGAUGAAGUAUUGAACCUUAGAGAAGAAAGAUGGGAACUGUUCAACGAGAGGCAGCCUCAUCGAGUGAGAUUUCUUCGUUAAAUACGUAUUAACCUCUCUCUAAUUUUCAACUUUUCUAUCAUCUAAACUUUCUAUGUAUAUGUGACAAUGUAGAUACAAUCCUCUCGGAAACAAGAACAUAAGUCCUGCAAAAGAGCCUGUAGGGUAAGUUUUUCUUUUUUUAAAUCAAUACUAUAUACUUUUGUUUAUUGUUGACAGUCUCGUUUAUCGACGCCUCUAUUGAUUUUUUUCCGACGAAUUUUCAUAUCUUCUAAAGUUUUGGUAUAUUGAAAUUGAUAUACAACCUUGUGAAAUAUUGUUUAAAUCGAAGCAGUUUUUGUUUCUUUUGCUUUAUAAACAUCGGAAAAAGUUGGUUUUAUUUAAGUGGGAUUUCGAAAAUCUCAGCAACUUUUUGAUCCAAUGCUUACGGAUAUUCUUUAUCGAUUUUUUCAGGUCAAUAAGUGAAGGCCGUAGUCUCGUUAAAUCUGGAGAUACUAUUCAAGUAUGAGAAAAGCCGAGUUGGCAAGUGCCAAGAAAGUUGCGGGAACCACGGCGAGAACAGAAAUAAUAUUUGUUUAUAUUUUGGGAGGAAACAUAAAAUAGUGUAGCAGUCAAAUCAUGUUUAAAGAUGUUGGAAAAAUUUAAAAUUAAUUAGAAGAAUGUUGUAUAUAUUGGGAGGGAAAAUUAAAAUAGUGUAGCAGUCAAAUUAUGCCUAAAAAUGUUGUAAAAAAGUGUGUGUAUAUAUUAAAGAGCAGACUUAUUUGAUUUCAUUAAAUUUUUAGGUUUAUAUUA